AGCGGGAGCGCGAGCGCGCGAGCGGCGGGUUUGAAUGUGCGAGGCGGUUGGAGGCCGCGAUGGAGGAGACGGCGGUGGUCGAGGCCGCCCAGCGCUUCGCUGAGGUACUGGCGGUGGCGCGGAGCCCCUGGGCCGCUGACUGGGACACGGCGACCGUCGGCCGGGCUUUCCAAUGGGCGCGGUACUUGGAGCAGCUCAGCCGCCGGCUGGAAGGACAGAGACAGGGGGAAGCCUGGCGCCGGCUCCAGCUCCAGCUCCGGCCGGAGAGCCGGGCCCCGAUGCCCCACCCGCUGCCCGGGUUCCGCGGCCUGGGGCUGGAGGAGCUGGGCCGCGGCCGGCAGAUGCUCGGCCAGGCCCUGCUGUGUAACCCGGCCUCCUCGGCCGCCGCCUUCCACCGGGCCGCCGCCUGGUACCGGGCGGGUUGCGGGGAGGAGCAGGCGGCGGCGGCGGCGCUGAGGCGGGCGGCGAGAUUGGCGGCGGCGGCGCGGGUGCUUCAGCUGGCCGGCGGCGGGAACGAUACCGAGCGGGCAGCGCGGGUAACGCAGGCCGAGGUGUGGAGGGAGCGGAGGGGGGAAUUACCGGAGGAGGUGUGGAGACGGGCGGUGUCGGCCGAUGCCGGCUGCUGGCGGCCGCUUGCCGCGCUACUGACUGCGGCGGACGGCGACGAGCCGCCGGCUGCACGGCCGGGGUUGCCUGGCGACGGUACGGCCCGGCCAGGGUUGCUAGGCGACAGCACCGCCCGGCCGGGGUUGCCCGGCAACAGUAGGGCCCGGCCAGGGUUGCUAGGCGACAGCACCGCCCGGCCGGGGUUGCCUGGCGACAGCCGCACGCUCGCCGACGCUGCCUGCCGCGCGCUACCCUGCCCGCUGCUGAGCGAGCUAGCGGCGCGCCGGCCACCCUUCGCCCGCCGUUACACCGCCCACCUGCAGCGCUGGGCCGCCCGCAUGCAGUACGACGCCGGCAGCGGCCGCUGGCUGCACCCGGACUCGCCAGAGCAAGACUGGGAGAAGCUGCUGCAGCAUUUUACCGGCCUCUUGCAGGGGCCGCCUGCAACCAAGGAGUCGACGAUAAGGACGUUAAACUCUUUAAAAGCCGCGGAUGGAGACUUUGAAGUGUGGGGGAUUAGCGUGUGGACGGAUCUGUUACUUGCAUUAAAACAACAGAAAGUUGUUUGAAGUUUAACCAAGCAGUCGAACGUUGCUACGGACUGAGACUUUGCAGUGUGGGGAUCCGUAUGCUGACACAACAUGCUACUUGCAUUAGUAAAUUGAGAUUUACUCAAGGAUUAAUUCAAAAAUGACUUUGAACUCUGAAAACUGUGGAUGGAGACUUCGAAAUGUGGGGAUCAGCAUACAGCCACAGCUGUAACUUGCAUUAAAAACAAGAAAAUUGUCUGAAAUAAAAUUGAGUCGACUGAAAACUGUAGAUGGAGAUGCAAGACUACGGACCGAGUUUGAAGUGUGGGGGAUCGGAUCAUGGACCGAUCGGUUACUUUUGCUUUAAAAUAUAGAAACUUGUUGAGUUUAUGUUUGCAUUUUUAACUGCACUUGACUUGGAAGAUGGAAACUAUAUGGUAAUAUAUUUGCACAGCUAUGUAAUAAUUUCCUGUCGGGUCAAAUUAUUUAAUGUUUUUGAGAUAAAGCUAAAAGUCCUGAACAUGACCAGAUUAGGCAAGUUUUGCGGAGAGAAUCAGUUGCAUGUUCAAAUCGAUGACUCAACAGUAUUAAAAGAAGAAAGACUUUGGCAAAAUA